CACAAUUUUGACAGAGUGGGUAUAAAUAAGUGCUGUCCAGGGGGAGAGAGACACUUGGACCCGGUGGGAAAGAUGCGUGUGGAUGUGGUGUGGCUGGCCACCUUGGCUCUGUCUCUUCCUGCACUCUCAUAUGCUGAACUAUUUGUUUUGACUGCACCAAACCUGCUUCGGGUGGGCAGUAAGGAGAACGUGUUUGUGGAAGUACAGGAGUAUGUAGGACCAAACCUCAAAGUUGAAAUUGUGGUGAAGAAUUUUCCUGCCAAAAACAGGGAAAUCUUCUCUACAUCUGUGGAUCUGAAGGCAGACAACAAGUUCCAGGCUCUACAGGAAAUUCUGAUCCCUGAAGAAUUUUUUGAAGAAGAGACGCGUUUGAAACAGUAUGUCCACCUACAUGCAAAAUUUGGAAACAAGCAAGAAUUGGAAAAAGUCAUCAUGGUCUCUUUCCAGUCUGGGUACAUAUUUGUACAGACAGAUAAGAGCAUCUAUACUCCGAUAGGCAUAGUUCUUUACAGGGUUUUUGCCUUGAACCCUGGACUGGAGCCAAUCUCAAGUGGUGUUUCUGUGGAAAUAAUGACUCCAGAUGGAAUCACAGUUCAGAAAGACAUUGUGUAUCCUGAAAAUGGGGUCAAAUCAGGACAGUACCAACUCCCAGAGAUUGUCAGUGUGGGGACCUGGAAGGUGGUAUGCAGAUUCCAGAACACCCCACAAAAGAACUUUACUGCUGACUUCGAGGUGAAAGAAUAUGUGCUUCCAAGUUUUGAGGUCAAGCUGUCACCAGAAAAAUCUUUUUUCUACGUCAAUGAUGAGGAGCUAUCUGUCAACAUAAUCGCCCGGUAUCUGUAUGGAAAGGAUGUUUCAGGGAAGGCGUUUGUGGUUUUUGGCGUGCUGACAGAGGAUGGUGAGAAGAAGAGUAUUCCUGCCUCUCUGCAGAGAGUGAACGUUAUCUCAGGAAAGGGAAAGGCCAAGCUAACAAGAGAUCAAAUCCAAAAGACCUUCCCAGACAUUGGACAGCUGGUCAAGCAGUCCCUAUAUGUGUCUGUCAGUGUCCUGACAGACAGUGGCAGUGAAAUGGUGGAGGCAGAGAGAAAGGGGAUCCAGAUAGUGACAUCACCCUACACCAUCCACUUCCAGAAGACCCCCACCUAUUUUAAACCAGGAAUGCCUUUUCAAGUUGUGGUCUAUGUCACAAACCCAGAUGACACUCCUGCUCAAGGCAUUAAUAUUAAGGUGACACCAGGGGAAGUUUUGGGUUGGACACAGGAAAAUGGGAUCGCCAAGCUUACCAUCAACACCCACGGGGGGGCAAACAAUCUCCAAAUCUAUGCGAAAACCGAAUCUCCUGAACUGACUGAUGAACGGCAAGCUGUCGCACAUAUGACAGCCCAACCGUACAGGACACAGUCGAGCUCAAAUAACUACUUGCACAUUAGCAUCCAGGCAGCGGAACUGAAGAUUGGAGAUAACCUGCAAAUCAACCUCAACCUUGGGAACAGCCCAGGUAUCCAGGGUCAGGACAAGCAGUUCACGUACCUGGUGCUGAACAAAGGGCAGCUUGUUCAUGCAGCGAGAUAUCAAAGACUGAAAGGACAGUCGCUGGUGACCUUAUCACUGCAAGUGACCAAAGACAUGGUUCCCUCUUUCCGAUUUGUGGCGUACUACCAUGUGGGCCUGGAAGUGGUGUCAGACUCUGUGUGGGUGGACGUUAAGGACACCUGCAUGGGAACGCUUAAAGUCACAUCCACAGUCAAGAAAGAUAUCUAUGAGCCGCGUAAGCCCUUCAGCUUGACCAUCACCGGUGACCCUGGGGCAAAGGUGGGCCUGGUGGCCGUGGACAAGGGUGUCUAUGUCCUGAACAAUAAGAACAGACUGACACAGACCAAGAUCUGGGACAUCGUUGAAAAGCAUGAUAUUGGCUGUACGCCUGGGAGUGGUCCUGACAGCAUGGGAGUUUUCUAUGAUGCUGGACUGGCGUUUCAAACCAAGCAAGCUGGGACCACAUCUAGAUCAGACCCAGACUGCCCUGCUCGCCCAAAGCGUCGGAGACGGCGCUCACUCACACUGGCAGACUUGAGAAACACACUAGCUGCAAAUUACACUGGAUUGGAGAGGCAGUGCUGUGUGGAUGGCAUGAGAGAGAACCUGCGGGGGUUCACGUGUGAGAGACGCUCAAGUUACAUCAUUGACGGCCAAAAGUGCGUUGAAGCGUUCGUGCACUGCUGCUCAGUAGUGGAAAAGAAAACCCAAGAAGCCAGAGACGAAGAUCUGCUACUUGCACGCAGUGAAGAGGAUGGCGACUACACCAGCGAUAGAGAUAUUGUGUCCCGCACACAGUUCCCUGAGAGUUGGCUAUGGGAGGAGGUGACGUUACCAAUGUGUGAAGGCAAACAGGGAUGCACGUCCACUUCAAUCGAAAAGAAGAGUUUCCUGAAGGACUCAAUCACCACGUGGGAAUUCACCGCUAUCAGCCUGUCCAAAGAUCAUGGAAUCUGUGUGGCAGACCCUUUUGAAAUGACGGUGAGGAAACACUUCUUCAUCGACCUGAAGCUGCCCUAUGCCGCAGUGCGUAAUGAGCAGUUGGAAAUUAAGGCGGUGCUUUACAACUACCUUGAGGAGGGCAUAAGGGUUCGAGUGGAGCUGAUGGAGACUGAGCAGGUGUGCAGCGCGGCCAGCAAGAAGAGGAAGUACCGCCUGCCAGAGGUGGACAUGGACCCCAUGUCCUCACGUGCUGUCUCGUUUGUCAUCAUCCCGAUGGCCCUGGGUUUGCACUCCAUUGAGGUUAAAGCCGCCGUCCACGACUCCAUCCAAACAGACGGUGUCAAGAAGGACCUUCUCGUGGUGGCGGAAGGACUGCAAACCAAAAAGCAGGUUACCACCAUGGUCCUGAAUCCAUCGACCCAUGGUGGCGUUCAGACGGAGAAGAUUGAAGCCGUGAAGCUUACGUCCCAGGUGCCGGGCUCACCUGCACAGACCUACAUCAGUGUGACAGGGGAGCUGCUGAGCCAGACCAUUCAGGCAGCCAUCAGUGGAAAACCUAUGGGCAGCCUCAUACACCAGCCCGCAGGCUGUGGUGAGCAGAACAUGAUCGGCAUUACUGGGCCCGUCAUCGCCACACACUACCUGGACAAAACCGGUCAGUGGGAGCAAAUUGGGCUAGAUCGUCGGGCCGAAGCCAUCAAGUUCAUCACAAUGGGCUACACUCAGCAGCUGGCAUAUCGGAACAGUGAGGGUGCAUACAGUGUUUGGAAAGACAAGCCGCCCAGCUCUUGGCUGACGGCGUACGUAGCCAAAAUUUUUGGUCUGGCAUACAACCUCAUAUUCAUUGAAGAAGAUGUGCUGUGCAGCGCCCUCAAAUGGCUGGUCCUGAACUCACAGCAGCCAGAUGGCAUUUUCAAAGAGGUUGGCCAGGUCUACCACGGAGAGAUGGUGGGUGACGUGAAGGGGAAAGACAGUGAUGCCUCAAUGACAGCAUUCGUCCUCAUCGCCAUGCAGGAGGCCCGUCACAUCUGUGUGGAGAAAGUAAACAGCCUGCCAGGCAGCAUGAAGAAAGCCAGCGAGUUCCUGUCUGGCAGGAUCCACAGCCUGACCAACGCCUACGCCGUGGCCCUCACUGCCUACGCUCUGAGCAAUGACGGAAAUCACCAGCUGGACAUCCUGAACCGCUUCUCAUCUGGAAGAACACACUGGCCAGUACCCGCGAGUCACUUUUUCACCCUGGAGGCCACUGGUUAUGCACUGAUGGCCCUGGUCAACGCCAAGAAGUAUGACCAGGCUGGAGAGGUCGUUCAAUGGUUGACAGAAAGGCAAUUCUAUGGAGGGGGUCAUGGGUCCACCCAGGCCACCAUCGUAGUCUUCCAGGCAGUGGCUAGGUACAUGACAGAAAUAUCUGAUGUGAAGGACGUCGACCUGCAAGUAAGCCUCGAUGUGGCUGGUCGCUCAAAGCCUAUCAAGUGGUCCUACAACAAGGACAAUAUUCACCUCACCCGCUCAGAGAAGACAAGAAUUGAUCAAGACCUGACUGUCACUGCCAAAGGAACUGGUCAAGGAACCAUGUCGGUGGUGACCAUAUACAACGCUUUACCUGAAGCGAAGAAAGAAGACUGCAAGAAGUUUGAUUUGAAGGUUACGCUAGACAAGGAAAAAAAAGCGACUGACGAAAACGCUUUGGAAACAUGGAAACUCACAAUUGAUAUGCUGUACCUAUCCAACAGCGAUGCCACCAUGUCUAUUCUGGAUAUUACUUUGCUCACAGGCUUCAUUGCAGAUAAGAAGGACCUUGAGACGUUAACCACAGGAAGAGACAGAUACGUCCAGAAGGUUGAGACUGACAAACAACUUUCAGAGAAGGGCUCCCUUAUUCUCUACCUGGACAAGGUUUCCCAUCAGCUGCCUGACAGAGUGGCCUUCAAGAUACAUAAGAUAAACAAUGUGGGUCUGCUUCAGCCAGCUGCUGUUACUCUGUAUGAGUAUUACUCCAUGGAAAACCGCUGUAUGAAGUUUUAUCACCCGGAGAAGAAGAACGGGACCCUGAACAGGAUCUGCCAUGAGGAUGUGUGCCGCUGUGCAGAAGAAAACUGCAGCUACCAGAGGAAACAGGGAACUGAAGAAAUAGACCGUGUGACUACUGCCUGUUCAGCUGGCAUGGAUUACGUGUAUAAAGUCAAAGUGGUCAGCGCUGCACUGACUUACACCAUCGACCGCUUCACUGUCCUUGUGGAGGAUGUCAUCAAAGAAGGCACUGACUCGGCGGUAAAGGGGGAACAGCGUAGAUUUAUGGCCCAUCCCUAUUGCAGAGAGAGUAUAGCUCUAAGAGAAGGAAAAACCUACCUGAUCAUGGGCAAGUCUGACGACCUCAUCAAAGAUAAGGACGGGAUGAUGUACAUGCUGGGUGAAGGAACCUGGAUUGAAUACUGGCCGACCGAGCCGGAGUGUCAGCAGCCAGCAUUCCGUGAACCCUGUCUGGGCAUCAAGGAAGCCACAGCAGACCUAGUCACAUACGGAUGCCCCACAUAAACUUGCGUCAACUUUUUUUUGUUUGUUUUAUAUAUAUUUGAAAUUUAUCCUAAAUGUGUUCCAUUUACAUUUAGGAAUUCAAUUUGAUAUUGUUCCCUCCACGGUGUACAUAAAACAAAAACAAUAUGAAACAUUCAGCAACCGGUAAACACAGAGCUCCCCCAGAGUUUGUGAUUUAUUUUCAUUUAAGCUUAGCCAGUGGACAAUUCCACCCCGCAGCCGUUUCUAUGUCUGUUUAAAAUGUCACAGAAUCACCGGGCUGUCUUAUCUUGUGACUCAUGUAACCAAAUUCUGUCUCUGUUACCCAAUUUACACUAUCACAAUAAAUUGUAUUCUUGCAUAUCCGGUGAAACCGUAAAGUAAAAGUCUUUGCUUAAAUUCAA